UUAUAGUUACAAACAAAACACACUUUCUAGUCUCUGAGCCUUAGCUGUGGCAGCUACAGUCUUUUCCUAAACAGCUUUCUCACUGACAUUAAGAUACCAGCAUUACUAGUUCUUGCAGCAGGAUGAUCCUAUGUUCACAGAAUCAGAAGGUUCUGUCUCCUUUCCCCCUAAGUGACAGAUGACUAGAAUGAAUUUUUGCUCCCCAUAUACUUCCUGAAGUCCAUUGUUUUUGUCUCAAGAGCCAGGAAGACCUCCCAGGAGUUCAGGCUCCUGUGUGUUCCCUGACCAGGCCCUGAUACUGUUUCCCCUGCCACUUGUUAGUUUGAUUGCUUUAUUUACCUCAUAUGUAAAUGUACUUUCAUUGCCCUCCGCCUGUAAUCAAGCCAGGCAGAUGGGUAAAAUCCACAUUCUUUUGUCUAAGGCAGGCUAGUUUAUCUACUGGCUCCGAAAUAUAUUUUAACAACAUAUUUCCAGCACACUUACAUUACUUUUUAUAAAUAACCCAUAUAUACAUCACACAAUGAUAUUCAUGACCAGUUUGUCACCAGUUGUCGUCUGAUACCUUACAAGACACUAUUUGGCAAAAUAUUCUGACAACAGUUUGUUGAGCAUGCCCUUUGCCAAUUGGCAUAAGAAGGCUGUUAGGGUCAUGUGUGUGUAUGAACACUUUUACAUCAGUUUAAAUAACAAGGGUAAGCUAAAUUGCUGUAAAUCAUGUUUAAAUUGAUACGAGUGUUUAUACACAAGGUUGCACUGGUUUAACUAACUGGUUUAACCUGAUGCAACUUUUUUGGGCAGUAGACAAGCCUUAAAUCCAGUGUCAAAUCCCAUUAUAUUUCCCUAUAUAACUGAAGAUACCCUCCUUUUAUAGUUCCCAGAGGGUUUGUGUGCCCAGGCAUUAAUUCAUUCACAUUAACUUAAUCCCCCAGUUUAGAAAUCAGUUCACAAUUAUAAAUGUAUUUUCAGGUCACAAUAUAUUUGUUUAAGAUCAUUAAACAAAUUUGUUUAUUUUUUUCCAUUUUUAUUCUCCUAAUUUGCAUGGAUGCAUAUUGGUGCACUUGAAAGAUCUUUUGUCCAUUUCCAAGGACUCUUUUGAAUACACAAACCUUGUAUAUGCAAACCUUGUAUAUGCAAUUUAAGAUGUCUAUUAUUUAACUUUAAGACCUGAUUGAUUUGUAAUAGAUUUUGCAUACCAAAAUAGAUAUUCGUAUGAAAUUAGUCUGAUCAAGGUAGACUUUAUAUUGUUUUAAAUCAAUGUUAUUCUUGUAAUUCUCUUCCUAUGGCACACAGGGGACAAUGGAGGAAAUCACUUUAGGCUAAUUUAACACCUGAAUAUUUAUACAUAUGUUGUUCACAGAUUUGUAUAACCUAUUGGAAAAAUGUGUUGCAUGAUCUUUCAAAAGCAGAGAGUUAAAUUAAUUAUGUACAAGAUAGAUAUUUAUCCGAUUGUUAAACAGAUUACUAAUUAUUUUUAAUAUUUAACAUGAUCUUGACCUGCUAGGUCAAGGGAAGUAGAAAGGGUUUCCUUACCUCCUCCACAGGCCUUUAUAUGAUAGUCACUGUGGGGGAUCCCAUGUAGGCCAGCAAAUUAUAGCUGACUUUGUAGAAUGCGGAGCUGCUACUGGCAAGCCUGAAAGGAUCUGACACUACAUAUUGCAGCCUGGCUUAACGUAUCUUGGAUGAAAUUGCUGAAAGCUAUAGUGCUACUAAUACACUGUGAUUCAGGGGUUGGAUUCAUUUUAAUAUUUAUACUAGUACACAUGUACUUCAUUGCUUAAGCAGGCCAAACUGUACACCCAGCCAGGCCCCUCACCCUGUCCCACUCUCAGGUAAGAUUCAAGAACCCUACUGAUUUUGGUGAAAAUCGGAAAAGCCUGAUUUGUAAUGAUUUCCACCGGUAUUAUACCUUUGGGCAUGAGGGGCUAGCUAAUAUUCAGGGGCUUGCAGAUUGUUUCUAUUAGGAGGAGAAACUGAUGAUAGAUAUUCCUUGUAUGCAAUCCUGUUUAUUUACAAAGAAAGUACACAAAGUACGGUUACACAGUAUGAAUGGAACAGGUGGUAGUUUCUUUACUCAAAGCUCCAAGCCUUUUCCAAACAGCAUUCUGCCCCCAAAGUUCCCUAUCCUUGCUUUCUCACAGGGCUUCAUUUCCAGUCCUUCUUUUGAUGUGUCUAGGGUUCCCUGGCUGCCUUUUCUCUGAACGGCUGUGAUGUGUCUGCUGCUACUCUCCCAAACAGCAGUACAGGAAAUUGACAAUAAUUUUAAUUUAAUAUAACCCAAAUAACACAGCAUUACUUAAUAUUGAUAGUUUUAUGGUUAUCUAACGAUAUCAAUUAUUUCCCUCCGUAAAGGCAAUUUCAAUCUUUACUUUAGGGCAUCUAGUGUCAUGGGGGCAAAGUUCAUUUGAGUUCUGUAUUUGCUUCCAUGUUCAUGCAUACUUUGAAAACCAUAGGAUAUAGUGUAAUACAUCUGAUUCUGUUUGUUUUUAUGAGCUUCUGUAAAGUCUAUUAUCUAUCUCAAUAGCAUCUUUAAGCAAGUCUUGACACAAGGCGAUUUUACGCCAGCCUGACCACAAGUUUCUCUCUAAUCAUGACAAUCAGUUGACAUUGUACAUUGAACAUGUAGGAGUCACAGAUCUGGGACGUUCACCAGGGCCCUGUCUUCUCAGACUCAGUGAAAGCGGACAGGGGAGGUAGAACUAGAAGUAUGAACAAAACGUUGUUCGAAGGUAAAACCGUUUGAAAGCCGGAUACUGACAGCGCCCAGUAGGAGUGAGUUGCAGGGGGGCUCUGGGAAGAGGCGGUCCCUGAGGCACUGGAGGGCUCCGCUCGAUGGUUUCCGGUUCAGUUUGCUCCCUUUACCAGCAGCGAUUUAUUCAAAAGGCCACUCUGCAAACCCGUCCUGGACUCCGGGCCUGGGGGAUCCGGGCGAGGGAGCCCUGUCCUCGCCCCCAGUGGGCGGGGCCGGUCAGAGCAGGGUCUCUCCGCGCUCGCCCCGCUGACGGGGGAGCGAGUCCCUCCCUCCACGCGCGGGGCGAGGCGCAUGCGCAGUGCGGAAGCAUCGCCGGAGCCGCGGUGCUAGAGGCCUGUCACUUCUUCCUGGUGCUCCUUCCUCGCCGGAGUAGCAGCCCCUCUCUCUGGGGUCCCCGCGGGGCUGUGACCCGGCCCUCCGCAGCUGGGAAGAGUACUCGAUUGUGGAAACCUUGGAUCACUACAGUUGUAUAUCCAUUCUAUUCUUUCGUGUUACAGGUUGAAACUUGUAUGGUAGUCAUUUAUAUGGAUCUGUGAUGGAUCUAUAACUAUGUCCCAAGUCAAGCCAAAGUCAUUUUGAGCAUCCUCUUCUGAAUGUGAAGAGAGAAAUGUUCCAUUGUCUUCUCAAAAUCGAGCUGUAAUCUGUCCGUAUAAACUUAAAAAUGGGAUCCAGGGAGCAGGGAUGGAUGAGCUGAUGUCCAUGGAUGUAACUUAACAAGAAGGAACAUUUUGAACAGUGAAGUUGCAAGAUCUUACCGAUCAAUACAACUGGAACCAUGUUGUGCUGGGGAAAUGCAUCCUUUGGACAGCUUGGAUUGGGUGGAAUUGAUGAAGAGAUUGUAUUAGAACCCAGAAAAAGUGACUUUUUCCUAAAUAAAAAGGUCCAAGAUGUAGGAUGUGGACUCAGACACACUGUUUUUGUCCUGGAUGAUGGGACUGUGUAUACAUGUGGAUGUAAUGAUCUAGGACAAUUAGGGCAUGAAAAAUCCAGAAAGAGACCAGAGCAUGUUGGUGCCUUGGAUGCCCAAAAUAUUGUGUCUGUUUCAUGUGGAGAAGCCCACACACUAGCAUUAAAUGACAAGGGCCAAGUGUAUGCUUGGGGUCUUGCUACUGAUGGACAGCUUGGCUUGCCUGGAACAGAGGAAUGUAUCAGAAUACCCAGAAAUAUCAAAAGCUUAUCAGAUAUCCAAAUAAUGCAAGUUGCCUGUGGCUACUGUCACUCACUUGCACUCUCAAAAGGCAGUGAAGUUUAUUCCUGGGGACAGAAUAAAUAUGGCCAACUGGGUAUAGGUUAUGAAUUUAAAAAGCAGACUUCACCUCAACUGAUUAAAUCUUUACUGGGAAUCCCUUUUGCACAAAUUGCAGCAGGAGGAGCACAUAGUUUUGUACUAACUCUUUCUGGAGCCAUUUUUGGAUGGGGACGCAACAAAUUUGGUCAGCUUGGUCUUAAUGAUGAAAAUGACAGGUAUGUUCCUAAUCUGCUGAAAUCCCUAAGAUCUCAGAAAAUUAUUCACAUCUGUUGUGGAGAAGAUCAUACAGCUGCUCUUACAAAGGAAGGUGGGGUUUUUACAUUUGGAGCUGGAGGCUAUGGACAAUUGGGUCAUAACUCUACCAGCCAUGAGAUAAACCCAAGGAAAGUUUUUGAACUUAUGGGAAGCAUUGUCACACAGAUUGCUUGUGGGAGGCAGCACACCUCUGCAUUUGUUCCUUCAUCUGGAAGAAUUUACUCCUUUGGUCUUGGAGGUAAUGGACAGUUAGGAACAGGAUCAACCAGUAAUAGGAAAAGUCCCUUCACAGUAAAAGGAAACUGGAUUCCUUAUAGUGGACAGUACCCACCAAGCACAGACAGUGAAGAAUAUUAUUGUGUAAAGAGAAUUUUCUCUGGUGGAGAUCAGAGUUUUUCACACUACUUUAAUCCACAGAACAUGACGCCACCAGAUGACUUCAGGUGUCCUGACUCUUCAAAGCAGAUCUGGACUGUGAAUGAAGUAUUUAUUCAGAAACUGCUGACUUGUCCAUCUGGAAGACUUCCUGUGGAGAUAGCUGAUGAAAUAGAUGGAACGUUUUCUUCAGCUGGCUGCCUAAAUGGGAGUUUUUUAGCUGUCAGUAAUGAUGAUCACUAUAGAACUAGUGCUCGAUUCUCGGGGGUUGAUAUGAACGCUGCUAGACUACUAUUUCACAAACUUAUAAGUCCUGACAAUCCUCGUAUAUCACAACAGGUUGCGGCUAGUUUGGAGAAGAACCUUAUUCCUAAAUUGACUACUUCCUUACCUGAUGUUGAAGCUCUAAGGCUCUAUCUCACUUUGCCAGAAUGCCCACUGAUGAGUGAUGUGAACAAUUUUACAACAUUAGCUAUUCCUUUUGGAACAGCUGUUGUAAAUCUCGGAAAAGCUCCACUGAAAGUACUCGAAAACUGGUGGUCUAUACUUGAACCUCCAUUGUUCCUCAAGAUCGUGGAGCUGUACAAGGAUGUUGUGGUCCACCUCCUGAAAUUAUACAAGAUUGGUAUCCCCAGUUCUGAAAGAAGAAUCUUUACCAGUUUUCUACACACUUCUCUCAAAGUUCUGGAAAUUUUACAUAGGGUAAAUGAGAGAGGAGGACAAAUUAUACAGUAUGACAAAUUUUACAUUCAUGAAAUACAAGACUUGAUAGACAUCAGAAAUGACUACAUCAACUGGAUCCAGCAGCAGGCAUAUGGAAUGGACAUCAACCAUGGAUUAACUGAGCUAACAGACAAUCCAGUUACAAUUUGCACAUACCCUUUCGUGUUCGAUGCACAGGCAAAAACUACGCUCUUGCAAACAGAUGCUGUCUUACAAAUGCAGAUGGCUGUUGACCAGGCUCACAGACAGAAUUUCUCAUCUAUUUUUCUCCCUGUAUUUGAAUCUGUCAAUCCUUGUCUAAUAUUAGUGGUGCGCAGAGACAAUAUUGUAGGAGAUGCUAUGGAAGUCCUAAGGAAAACGAAGAAUGUAGAUUACAAGAAACCACUCAAGGUUAUUUUCGUAGGGGAAGAAGCUGUUGAUGCAGGAGGUGUUCGCAAAGAAUUUUUCUUGCUCAUCAUGAGAGAGUUGCUUGAUCCCAAAUAUGGAAUGUUUAGGUACUAUGAAGAGUCCAGGCUCAUCUGGUUCUCUGACAAGACGUUUGAAGACAGUGACUUGUUCCAUUUGAUUGGUGUUGUCUGUGGGCUAGCAAUAUAUAAUUUUACUAUUGUAGACCUUCAGUUCCCAUUGGCUUUGUACAAGAAGCUGUUGAAUAAGAAGCCUUCCCUAGAUGACUUAAAAGAGUUAAUGCCUGAUGUUGGCAGAAGCAUGCAGCAGUUACUGGACUAUCCAGAAGAUGACAUAGAGGAGACAUUUUGUCUCAACUUUACGAUCACCGUGGAAAAUUUUGGAACAACAGAAGUAAAAGAGCUGAUUCCUAAAGGUGCCGACAUUCCUGUGGUCAAACAAAAUAGGCAAGAAUUUAUAGAUGCCUAUGUGGAUUACAUCUUCAGUAAAUCAGUGGCUUCCUUAUUUGAUGCAUUCCAUGCAGGCUUUCAUAAGGUGUGUGGUGGUAAAGUUCUUCAGCUCUUCCAGCCCAGUGAGCUGCAGGCGAUGGUGAUUGGGAACACAAAUUAUGAUUGGAAAGAACUGGAGAAGAAUACAGAAUAUAAAGGAGAAUAUUGGGCAGACCAUCCUACAAUUAAAAUAUUUUGGGAUGUUUUUCACGAGUUACCACUGGAAAAGAAAAAGCAGUUUCUGUUGUUUUUAACAGGCAGUGAUCGUAUUCCUAUUCUUGGAAUGAAGUGUCUUAAACUAGUCAUCCAGCCAACAGGAGGUGGAGAAGGGUAUCUUCCAGUAUCUCACACUUGCUUUAAUCUUCUUGAUCUUCCAAAAUACACAGACAAAGAAACCCUAAAAUCUAAGCUGAUCCAGGCAAUAGAUCACAAUGAAGGCUUCAGUUUAGUAUAACUUUAGAAAUGAGAUAUUGUAGUUGUUUAAUGUGGGAGCAUUAAACUAAUUCUUUGUAUCUUUUUUGUGAUGGUAAGUUCAGUGGACAAGUUGACAAUGUAACAACUGGUUAUUUACAAAAUGUUCAGUGAUACAAAUAUUCAUGGAAGGCCAAAAGUUCUUACAAAAAUGAACUGUUAAUACACAGCUUGUAUAGAACCACGUUUUUGUCAUAAAAUAAAAAUGAGACUGUGAAUGAGACUCAGGUUUCACAAACAUGAAUUUCAACACUUUACAUAUUAUAAAAACAAUUUAGCGUGUGAGUGCAUGAAAGACUUGCUUAAUUUUUUUCAAUCACAGAGUGAAAACACUUCCUAUUAUGAUAGUCCCAUUUGAUUAUUUUUCAUUUUGUAAAUAAAGGUUUGUAAUAAAAUAGUUUCAGUUCUGAUAGCAGUAUGGUUUCUAGUGUAUGUAAUUAAACUUGAGCUUAUUUUAUGGCUUUUAACAAAAGAAGUGGGAUUCCAGAGAUGUCUUUUUCUGGUGGUGGGGUGUUUUUGUUUUUGAAAACUUAAUGAAAUGAUGGUUGUAAUGAGCUGCCCUUUAUGAUGUACAGUCUAAUUUCCAUUGUGCAAUCACUUAUUCGUGCUGCUGCAAAACUGCACAUUUGGCUUCUGUUAAGAUGGACGAGAAGACUCAAUAGGCCAUUUCAUUUUAUUACCGCUGGUAUAAUUAAAUUGAUAAAAUUAUAAGGGAUUAAUUUAGCAUUGGGAAUCCAACUUCUGCAGCUAUAGUUUAAAAACAAAAAUGAGGAGCAAGACAGUUCCUAUCAAGAGUUUAAACAUUUCAUUUUAAAAUGAAAGUGUAGUUUUUGGUCACCUUUUUCCAGCUAAAAUGCAUUUGAAAUACCCUUUUUGAAACUUCUUUUGAAUUUUAGUAUAAGUACUCUGAGAUGACUGUGCUUAAUGGAACGUAUUCAGAUUUGACCUUCCUGGUCUGGUUAAGUUCCAGCAUACUUAUGUCUUAUUGAUACAUAUGUGACUUUCACCUGUGAAACAAAUAUUUAUUUUUUUUUAGAUUUUUAAAAUGCGGUGAAAACAAAGCUACAAUAAAAUACUUGAAUGAAAGA